UAAAGAGUCGUCCACUUCAUUUUAGUUGAGUGGUCAAUCUCCACAGUUCAGGUCGUGUGUACAUUUAAAAAAAAUGAUUAAAUAUCAGCUUCUUGUUUGUAUACUAAUUGUAAGUGCCAGAGGGCAUCAGGCGAACGCUGCGAGUGUGGAUUCUGAGGUAUACCCAAAUGCUGGACUCCUGCCGGACGCCUGUGGCGAGAUCGAACAAAAGCGUCUCGCCGAAGGUCCCACAGCUGGACUGUACGAGUUCCCCUGGAUGGCCCUCAUAUCUUAUAAUACUCGUGACGGCCUCGAUUUUCAGUGUACUGGAACCAUUAUCAACUCGAGGUACAUUUUGACGGCAGCAAACUGUAUUCGAAACAGAAACAUAGCUGGCGUGAGAGUCGGAGAGUACAACAAGUGUAUGAGCAUUGACUGCCAGCUAGACCAGUGCGAAUCUCAUAUUCAGGAUAUUCCUGUAGAAGAGGCUAUAGUCCAUGAAGAUUUCACUUCAAAACCAAAUGUGGACAACAACAUAGCUCUUCUGCGCCUUCACGAUCCGAUCGACUUUACUUUUAAAAACGUGGCUCCUAUAUGCCUCCCGGUGUCGAACACACUGAGGAGCGUGUCCAUCGACGGCAAAACAGCGACUCUCGCAAGCUGGAAGUUCAGGAGCGCAAACUCUUGCGAACUAAACAGAAUCAGCCUUCCAUUAGUUACCAGAGAUGAGUGCGUCAAGAAAUAUGAAAAGAGUUCAAAAACCCCUAAAAUAAGCGUCAACCACAUUUGCGCUGAUGAGAAAGCGGAAGAUGCCUGCGGCAUCGUCUCCGGGGAUCCUCUGAUGCUGGAGACUGGUGACAAGGGGGGACGUAGGGUGGUGCAGUACGGGAUAUCCUCCCACGGACCCAUGCGCUGCGGGACCGACUACCCUGGGAUUUACACCGACGUCUCCAAAUACAUGGACUGGAUACUAUCCAACAUGAAAAAGUAAAUGUAGCUGCACUGCGCACAUAAAAUGAAACCAUGACGUGAAUUUUGUGAUUUCCUAAUAAACUGUUUAAAAGCUUA